UUUACCUGACCGUAUCUAUCGUCUCCGCUCUCUAUAUACAAACACGCGAGCCCAUGUCUUUUAUAUGUUCGCCUGUCAGUUAACGUUCCCGCGCCUCUCAGUCUACUAAAAUCAUCGCUAAUUCACUCUAGUAACAACACCAACAAACUUUUUGGGCAAAACGAUAAUAAUAAUCCAUUUGAUCUUGCAAAAAUCCGGAAAAAACGAAAGAAAAUCAAAUCAAUGUCAAAGGACGACGAUUCCUUUCCCUAACUUGAAGCAAUGUUCAUUCACCGCAUACUCCGCCGUAGACUCACGUCCUUGUUGCAGCCAUGGCUACAACACGAACCAGACCUUGAGCUAGAAUUGGGGCUGAUUAACUCUAAAUUAGCUUUAAAGAACCUCAAGUUUAAUUCCUCUUCUCUCAACCAGCUACUAGAUGAUGCCUCUCUCUUCUCAUUCGGAGGUGUUACUAUAGAAGAACUCACUCUUCGCUUCUCUAAUUGGUCUGUUCCUGCUUUCAAUAUCGAAGUUCGCGGCGUCAAUGUUAUAUUAGUAGCGCGGGAAGAGGAGGAGGAGAGGAGUUCUGUUAGGGCACGGAAAUCGAGUGAGAAGGUUAAUGAGGAAAAGAAGAAGGCUGUUGCUGGAUUUGAUCCUGAGGGUGGUGCCUUGCAUGAUGUGCUGGAGAAGAUCUUGAUCUCCACUCCGUCAAGAAAAGGUUUUACAACUUCACUGUUGAAUCUUAUUCUCAAACAUUGCCAUUUACAGGUGUUUGAUACCAAAUUACAAGUACAGGUUCCCAUCUUAAAUGAUGAUUUAGUAUGCUUGUUGGAACUAAAGGAGUUCAAUGGUGAAUCUGAAUAUUUUGAGCAUGGAUGUCUUCUAAGAGGAUUUCUUGGUGUGGCUUUUAAUCCCCCAAAAGAGACUUCUAUUGUUAUGAAUUUUAAAGGUUUAGGAAUUGGAUAUUGGAUGAACGAUAAGGAGAAUUCUGUGGUUUCUUCCACAGAUUUGUUUUCAUGUAUCAGGUUGAAUGAUCUUCAGCUGGCAGACAUCAGUAUCCGUGUUCCAGGAUUAAAUCUGUUACUUUCUCCACUUGAUCUCCUAGUUUUGUCAGUUCUUGGUAGACUGCCUUUAAAGGAACCGAAGCAUGUGAGAAAUGGUAGACAACUAUGGAGACUAGCUGCAAAUAGGUUAGGAUAUGUGACUUCAUUUCCCAGAUUGUCAUUGCAUAAUCUUGCUGACUUUGUUUGUAUGUGGCUACGCUAUCUUAAUGCAUAUGAGCAUUUACUAUCCUUUAUUGGAUACACUCAAGUCAACUUAUUGAAAAGGCCUUCUAUUGGGAUGCUCCGGGACAAAAUGUUUCAUAGUUCUGUCAAACAACACUGGGAAUUGAUAUCUCGUACUGAAAAAGAGUUGCCACCUGAAGCUAUUGCACAGGCACGGCGAAUAGCCCGAUACAAGGCGACUUUGAGCAUUCCACAAGGUGAAGACAGUUAUAAAGAAUACUCUGUCCGUAGUCAGUUUCAAGUUUUUUCCAAAGUCCUUUCACUAUUAGUCUUCACUUGGAAUGUUAUACACAGAGUAGUCCUCUCAAAUAUACAUGCUUUCUUGUCAAUAGUAUUUUCCCGUCAAGAACCAAAAUUUGAUGGACAUUUGGGAAUCAUUUCUGAAGAUCACUGUCCUCAAUACUGCUUCCUGCUAAAUUUUGGAAAAGUUCUGAUAACUUUUUGCUCUGGUAACACAAUUCAUAACGUUAUCAAAAAAUUGGAAUCACAUAUUGGUAUCUCACUUCCUGAUAUCCACUCAUUCUGUCUGUCACUUGAUGCACUAUUACUAGUUUAUGUUGAUGACAUUUUUGAGCAGUCCUUUUCUCUUUCCUGUGGGAAGUUAAAGGUUAAAACAUCUUCUGUUACUGGGGAUACUGCCACAGAAGGCAGUUCAAAGCAUCAUACCGUGAAAGGAAAUCGAGAAAGGAUGACCGCCAAUGAUUCAAAAACUGUUCUACAGGGUGAGCCUGCACAAAUAUUUCUUCCUUUGCAAAAUAGUCAAAAGAAUGCUGAGGGGCAAGAUGAAAGUGCUCAUGGCCCAUUUUUGAAAACUUUUCUUGGAGAAAUGUGGCUGACUUGGAGGAGAGCUUGUAAAAAAUAUGAUGAUAAUGAAAUUGAGUAUUCUGAAAACCCAUGGCUCCUUUGUGAGAUAAAAAAUUGUUUGCUACAUCCAGGCCUGAAGGGUCCAAAUUCUGGAUUAUGGAAAUGCAAUUUGACAGUAGGAAAACUAAAUAUAACUUUGGGAUAUCUUUCAAUGAUUUCAAUGGCUAUAUUGCUUGAGCAGAUGCAGCAUGCUCUAAAAUGGACUAACGACAAUGGAAGAGUAAGUGUACGUUCAAUUCCAACUCCAACCUUUCAAGAUCAAUCAGAAAUUGUUUUGGAAGGUAAGUAUGACGACUAUGUUGGUAAGAUGAAGAAAACUUUGCUUAGAAGACUUCCAGAGAAAUGUAUUCAACUAGGAGUAUUGAUAGCUGGUCCUCACAUCCAGAUGUCAGUAAGAAAAAUUGGAUCUAAUAGUGGGAAGAAGGAUGAGAAUUAUAUAGUUGGCCAGGAUGACCUUCACCUCAGAUUCGAUAUCCAGAAUAUUGAGGCUGUUGUUUGGCCAACUUCAAAGUCUGAUUUAGCAUUGUCUAAGUUGCCAGGACUUGAUGAUGUGGAAACAGAUUGCCGUAGGUUUCAAGAGCCUCGGAAAAUUGAAGUUCCUAAAUCAGAUAAUGAAAAGUAUGCCUCUCAGAUGUGUGUUUCGCUUAGGUCAUAUCUGAGAGCUGAUGGUUUGAUAAUUUACAUGGGAGAUUCAACAGAAAUAGAACAGAGCCAAAUUUUUGUAAUGAAGCCAGUAGCAGUUCAAUUAUCCUUUUUCAGGGAGUGCAUUCAUUUAUUUAGCUCUACCAUCACUGCUUUCUCUGCAGCAUUUUAUGGGAGCACAACAGGAUUCACAGUUAUAUCAUAUAUGGAUGAAUUGAAUGCUUUAUUUCAGGUUGUUGCAGAUUUAUUUUCAGCAGUUUCAUGUGCUUUUGAUGGGUUUUGCAUAAUUGGUUAUUCAUCUCUUCAAGACUUUAUGAGGCAACGUAAGACGUUUUCAGAACCUGACAAUUAUGAGACUACUGCAGGAGCACCUUUGAUACAUAAUAGUACCAUGUUUUCCAUUAAUGGAACAUUUCAUUUCAAAUUGAUGGAUGCAAUUAUUCAGAGUUGUAAAAUAAGUGAUAAGCAGGAGAGUCCAAAGAAAGUAUAUGAUGGCCUGAGUCAUCAAAAUUUUCCUGGGCAUUGUUUGCACGAUUGUGGAAUUUGGAUUUCUGUUCAUCCUACUGUUGCAGAUCUGUCUUAUGAAGAAGGGAAAGCGGACAUUCAUAUUGACUUGUUAGAAUUUCAGUCUGUAAUUUUUAGGCAUCAGGAUCUUAAGGGAAAAGGUUUUCAUCAACUUGUAGAUAGAAACUUGCAGUGUGAAUCUCAUAAUUGGUUAUGUGAAUUAUCUCUUUCGAAUUUCACAUUGACUUUAUGGUCGAGUUAUCCCCACAAAAGGAUGAGUAACUCAUUCAGUAAUUCAACUUUGGGUAGUAACAUAUCAAACAUACUGGAGAAUCCUCAUCCAUUAACAGAUUCUGAAACAUCAAAUGUGCCUUCUGAAUUUGAGAAUUUGGGUAUCUCAACUCCAACCUCAAGUCCCCGAAUUCUCAUAGGUGUUACAAUUGGUGGAAUAUUUGUUGCAAGACACAAAGUAAAGAAUAUUGUGGUUGGAGCACAUCAAUUCAGUAAGCUUACAUCAUGGUUUUCAGUUGAGGGAAAUCUUAAGACAAUCUCUUGGAGAAUACAGGGUGGUCAUCUGUUCCUUGAAACCACAGCUCUGAGGAUGUUUGUUCGAUGUUUUUCUUCAUAUAUACAACGUUUUACAGAUAUCUUAUCCAUCACGAAGUCGUCCAUUAAACAAGUUGAAGAUGCUCAAUAUGAGGCCCAAGGGAUGCUACAUGCAACUCAACGACCAGGCUGCACACUGCCUGAGACUUUCAACAUAGAUGUGCAUCAGUUUUCUGUUAUUCUUGCUAUUGAAGAUGAUAUUGGUGGUUUGCAGGAACUUGUGAGUGAGCUUGAUGUCUGUGUGAAACUUGAUUCAGCAAAUAUGCAAAGCAAGUUCACGUUUGAACUUUCUCGCAUGUCAAUCUUUUCUCAAGUCAUUCAAGAAUGCAUUGAAAAUAAAAAUCAAGUUCCUCACUUUUCUCUUGUCAUGUCAAAUGAAUCAUCAUCCCAGUCUAUGACUAGAGAUCCUUCUGUGGCAUUUCAGUAUAUAGAUGGAAGUCAUACUAGCCAUCGAGACUAUAUCUUGAAUCAUUUAGUUGUUCUUAUAUCAGCUGAGAAGUCCACGAGCUGUCCUCUGCCGUUAAAUCAGGUUUGGAUUGGCAAUGGUUCUAUCUCAGGUUUUCAUGCGACAAUUUCUCUAUCUGAAAUAUUGAUGCUUUUAUCCAUGGCUUCAUCGGUCUCUGGUGAAUAUAAUGAAGAGACGACCAGUGACCGAAGGGGCUGGACCAGUAACCGAGAAGCUGAUAACAUUUUGGCAGAGAUGGUUCCUGACGGGGCAAUCGUGGCAAUUCAAGAUGUGCAUCAACAUCUGUACUUCACAGUUGAAGGAGGAGAGAACAAGUAUAGCUUGGUUGGCAUAAUUCAUUAUUCUCUUGUUGGAGAAAAGGCUCUUUUUAGGGUCAAGCACCACAAACAAAAGAUAUGGAAUUCAUCAGUUUUGUGGUUCUCCUUGAUAUCAUUGCAUGCUAAAAAUGAUUCUGGUGAACCAUUCAGAUUAACUUAUCGUCCUGGCUCAGCUUUUGUUGACAUCUCCAGCACAAAUGACACUGGAAGUUCUCUUUGGGGAGCACUUUCUUGUGAACCUGACAGCUACAAGGGUGAUAUUGACUGGGAGCCAUACAGUAUUUUGGUUAAAAAUAAGUUUUACCUCAUUAAUAAGAAGAAUGACUGUGGUGUUGCUUUUAUUGAUGGGAGUCCAGAAUUUGUUAGGAAGCCUGGAAAUCCUUUCAAGUUUAAAGUAUUCCAUGACCAUGCAGUGGGUUGCAAUGUUACAACUUCAGAUGGGUGUUUUUUGGAGGCUUAUGGAGCUAAUCUGUAUCAUAGUGCACAUGAGGAGGAAGACCAAACUUCUUAUAUGAGUGGAAAACUCCCUUGCAUUCAAAUUAAUAUUGACAACUCCGAUCUGACCAUUGUACAUGAACUUCCAGAUACAAAGGACCGGAUUCCUCUCCUUCGUGCUUGCAUCAAUAAUGCCCAAAUCAUUGUUCAAAUUCUCCCUUAUAAAACUAGAUUUAUGAGCACAUCAUGUUCUUUGCUUCAUUAUUUUGAUGCACAAAGAAAUUCAUGGAGACAACUUCUUCAACCUGUUGAAAUUUGUACUUUCUACCGUUCAAGUUCCCAAUUUCGAGGAUUAGAAAUUCGUCAGGAUGUAGUGCCAGUUCAUUUCUAUUGCAGAAUUAAUAAGUUUCAUAUAUAUCUAACCGAGCUUUCACUGGAUAUACUACUCUUUAUGAUUGGAGAGUUGAAGUUGGCUGGUCCAUUUUCAGUAAAAAACUCCAUGAUUCUGGCCAAUUGCUGCAAGGUGGAGAACCAGACAAGUUUAAAUCUUCUGUGUCAUUUUUAUGAUAAUAAAAGUGUGAGUAUAGCCAGAAAACAGUCUGCUUCUGUAUUUUUAAGGCUGCCAAUAUUAGCAAGUGAACCUCCAGAAGGUGCAUCUUCCGUUGCAAUUCAGCUUUCCACUCUUGGAUCUCUUGCAACUUCUUCACUUCAUCUUUCUCUUUCAAAAAAUCAAACAUUUGCUUGGCGAACACGUAUAAUGUCCCUUUCAGAUUCAAGAAGUUACCCUGGGCCCUUUGUUGUGGUUGACAUUUGUAGGACAUCUAAGGAUGGUUUGUCCAUUGCGGUUUCUCCUUUAACUAAAAUACAUAAUGGAACUGAAUUCCCCAUAGAGCUACGAUUUCGACGACCUCAACAAAAUGAAGAUGUGUCUGCAUCUGUGUUGCUGAAUAAAGGGGAUUCGAUCGAUGAUUCCAUGGCAACAUUUGAUGCUAUAAGUUUGUCUGGUGGACGAAAGAAGGCAUUGAUGUCUUUAACUGUUGGUAACUUCUUAUUUUCUUUCAGACCUGAAAUUGCAGAUGGCCUGAUAAGUUCCAAGAGUGCACUUUCAGUAGAAUGGUCAGAUGAGCUUAAAGGUGGAAAGGCUGUUUGUCUUUCAGGAAUUUUUGAUAGGUUGGGCUAUAAAGUCCGCAGGGCUCUAUCCGUUGAAACGACGAAAUGUUCUUUUAGCACUGCACAUUGUACCCUUGGAUCUGAAGAUUCCCAUGUCACUAACCUGCAUUUUCUGAUUCAGAGCAUUGGAAAAGAUGUUCCUAUCAUACAUCCUGAUAAGUCUGGCGAUGUUUCUAAAAGUAGAAAUUCACCAAUUGCAUUACAAGAGCAGAAGGAAAUUUUUCUUCUUCCUACUGUACGAGUAUCCAAUUUAUUACACUCAGAGAUACAUGUGCUUUUAUCUGAGACAGAUCUACAAACCACCAGUGUUAGUCACAAUGUUGGGAAGCAAGCAACUAUAGCAUGUGGAUCGACAGCUGAUUUUUAUGCAAAUCCUGCUAUAAUGUAUUUUACUGUUACUCUAACUGCUUUUAAAUCAAGAUGUAAGCCAGUAAAUAGUGGUGAUUGGAUCAAGAAGUUACUUAAGAACAAAAAUGAUGUCCAGUGUUUGGACAUUGAUCUAGAUUUCUGUGGUGGAAAGUAUUUUGCAUCACUAAGAUUGUCACGUGGGUUCAGAGGCAUAUUAGAGGCUGCCAUUUUUACACCAUUUUCUUUGAGGAAUAACACCGACUUUUCCCUGUUUUUCUUUGCUCAUAACCAGAAGCUUCUCUCUAGGGAUGAGGUCAGAAAGUAUGGUUCCAGCAUUCCUCCAGAGUUUGGGUUGUGUUGCCCCCCAAAUUCGAUUAAAUCAUGGUUCUUAAAAUCUCACAAGAUGCGAAUCAAAAUGUUAGAGAAUGGUACAUCUGAGAUGCUGCUAGACUUGGAUGCUUUAUCAGGCCUCACAGAGAUAGGCUUAGAGGUAGAAGAAGGAUCUGGACGGAAAUAUAUUGCAAAGUUCGGGGUUUCUAUGGGACCAUCUUCAAGUAUGGUGGUGGUCCCAUCACAAACUGUAACUAUGAUCCCACGGCAUUUUGUGUUUAAUGAGUCAGAGGAAAGCAUCAACAUGCGCCAAUGUUACUUGGAGGAUGGAAUUGCAGGCACAGUCCAUAUUAGCAGUAAACAACAAACAGUAUUACAGCUGCAGGAAGUAACUUGCACAAACAAGGAAUUCAGUAUUUUUGAAAACAUUAUCAGGAAGCAUAGAAAUAAUAUUGAUACUUCAUUAGUAUAUAUCCAGUUUCAAUUAAAUCAACCUGAAUCAAGCUGGUCAGGGCCAGUAUGCAUCGCAUCCCUGGGAUGCUUCUUCCUGAAAUUUAGGAAACCAUCAAAUCAAGCACUGGAUAGCAAUGCAACAGAAUUUGCUGCUAUUCAUGUGAUAGAAGAAGGAUCCACUCUUGGGAUGCACUUCCAUAAACCACCAAAUGUUGAGCUACCAUAUCAGAUUGAGAACCAUUUGAAUGAUGCAUCUCUUACUUAUUAUCAAAAGGAUUCAUCAGAGCGAGAGUUUCUUGGAUCUGACUCUAGUGCUUUCUAUGUCUGGGAUGAUUUGACACUUCCACAUAAACUGGUUGUUGUAAUCAACGAUAUGCACCUACUACGUGAAAUUAACUUGGAUAAAAUACGGGCAUGGAAACCUUUUCUCAAAGUAAACCAACGGGGAGGAUUGGCAUCUCAUUCACUUUUAAAUCAAGAAUCCAGAAACCAGAAAACUUAUUUUGGUCAGUUAAACAGCAUGGAUAUCGUAAAGGUGGGGUAUGAAGUAUAUGCACAGGGUCCCACGAGAGUUUUACGAAUUUGUGAGCUUUCCAAGAGUCAAAAGGGAAACGGAUUGAUUCAAUCAUGUGCAAAGAUCCAAUUAAGAGUGCUUCAUUUGGCAACCUACUUACUUGAAGAUGGAAAGCAGGACUUAGAUAAGAAUCAGGAAUCAUGUUAUACACCACUUAUAGUUGCAAGACUUGGCAAUGUCAAUCUGGAUUCUGUAUAUACUAAUCGGCAAAAAUAUAAUCAGAUUACUGUACAGUCACUAAAUGUUGAAGAGAAGUGGACCGAUGCUCCUUUUGCAGCCAUGCUUCGGAGACAUCAAUUAGAAUCCAGGGAAUCAAAUGCUUCUGUCCUUAAAAUAAUAUUUGUCCUUCUUUCAACCAGCUCCGAUGUUAGACAAGUUGAAUACUCAUCCAUUAUUCUGCAGCCAAUUGAUUUGAACCUUGAUGAAGAGACAUUAAUAAGACUUGCCUCCUUUUGGCGAACAUCUCUUAGCAACUCAACUGCUCCAAGCCAGCGGUAUUACUUUGAUCAUUUUGAGGUCCACCCAAUAAAGAUUAUUGCAAAUUUUCUUCCUGGGGACUCCUAUUCAAGUUAUGACUCGGCUCAGGAGACCCUAAGGUCAUUAUUGCAUAGUGUGGUAAAGGUUCCCCCCGUAAAAAAUAUGGUUGUAGAGCUCAAUGGGGUCCUGGUUACUCAUGCUUUGAUAACCAUCCGUGAACUAUUCAUCAGAUGCGCACAACACUAUUCCUGGUAUGCAAUGAGGGCCAUCUAUAUUGCAAAAGGAAGUCCCUUGCUUCCACCGGCUUUUGUGUCCAUGUUUGAUGACUUGGCUUCAUCUUCUCUUGAUGUUUUCUUUGACCCUUCUCGUGGGUUGAUUAAUCUCCCUGGCUUCACAUUAGGUACCUUCAAAUUCCUCAGUAGAUGUAUUGAUGGUAAAGGGCUCUCAGGGACAAAACGCUACUUUGGUGAUCUGGACAAAACUCUGAGAACAGUGGGAUCGAAUAUGCUAUUUGCUGCUGUCACUGAAAUAUCAGAUUCUAUUCUGAAGGGAGCAGAAACAAGCGGUUUUGAUGGCAUGGUGAGUGGCUUUCACCAAGGUAUACUGAAAUUGGCUAUGGAGCCUUCACUACUGGGAACUGCUCUGAUGGAAGGGGGACCAAACAGAAAGAUCAAGCUUGAUAGAAGUCCUGGCAUUGAUGAGUUAUAUAUUGAAGGUUACCUGCAAGCUAUGUUGGACUCGAUGUAUAGACAGGAGUACCUGAGAGUCAGGAUCAUAGACGAUCAGGUAUUACUCAAGAACCUACCACCCAAUAGCGCCCUCAUAGAUGAGAUCAUGGAUCGUGUGAAGGGGUUCCUUGUGAGCAAGGCAUUGUUAAAAGGAGAUCCUUCUGCAUCAUCUCGCUCUUUACGUCAUCUUCGAGGAGAAAGUGAAUGGAAAAUUGGACCAACUGUGAUCACACUAUGUGAACAUCUCUUUGUGAGUUUUGCAAUCCGUAUGCUGAGAAAGCAAACUGGGAAGUUAAAGGCCAAUGUCAUGUGGAAAAAGGAAUCAAAGAGUGAUGAUGACAAGGCAGUAGUCCGUGCAGACCCCAAUAAAGAGGAACAGAGGUUGAAGUUCGUAUGGAAAUGGGGUAUCGGUAAGUUUGUAUUCUCUGCCAUUCUAGCAUAUAUUGACGGACGGCUAUGUCGCGGAAUUCCCAAUCCUGUAGCAAGACGAAUUGUUAGUGGUUAUUUGUUAAGUUUUCUUGAUAGAAAUGGCACAGGUGAAUAAAAUGAUAUGGUAUCAUAUUCAGUUUGCUACUGUUUCUUCUA